AGGUGUGAGGUGUGGCGAGGAAGAGAUUCCAGACAGAACUCUAUUAUGACUUUAUAUUAUUGUGACAGGGUUGAGAAGGGGAAUGGCGUCAGCACUAUGUUGUAGAACCUCUUCGCCGAUCUUCUCUCGCUCUCCUUCUUCUCUGCUCCGUCGCCGUCUACCACUGGUCGGAGCCUUUUGCGUGCUCAGUUUGGGUAUAACCAAUCUCAGCCCAGCACUUUCAUCCUCUUUCAAGACGGGGUGCGCACAGUCUCUCCCUUUCGUCUCUUUCAUACGGUCACGCUUUGCUAACCAAGCAUCUGCCAAAGACGUUCCUAAUACCGGAAUGGAAAGCGUCACCAGAGUUGUUCCAAGUAUUGUUGUUUAUGUUACCGUCCCGAAUAGAGAAGCAGGGAAGAAGCUGGCAGAGAGCAUAGUCAAAGAAAAACUUGCAGCAUGUGUCAACAUAGUACCAGGAAUUGAGUCAAUCUAUGAGUGGCAGGGUCAGAUCCAUAAGGAUAAUGAAGAAUUACUUAUAAUUAAGACCAGGGAAUCCCUUUUGGAAGCUCUAACAGAGCAUGUCAAAGCUAAUCAUGAAUAUGAGGUUCCUGAAGUCAUUGCCCUGCCCAUUAAAGGUGGCAGCCUCCAGUACCUGGAGUGGCUAAAGAACAAUACAAGGAACUGAUAUCCUUAUGCCUGGUGAGAGUGCUAUUAAAAGUGGUCGUUUUGAGUGGACAAGGAUUUCAAUAGGUAUUUCAUUUUUUCCCCCUACUAAACGGUGAAUAUCAGCUGUAUAUUCAGGCUGCUGAGGCCUUUAGUUGUGGAUCAUAAUGGAACGUUUAGUUCUUGCCUC